GCAGGCAUCAAUGCAUCUGCAUGAUGACAUCAUCAAAUUCAUCAUCAUCGAGCAUCGAGGUGAUCGAGAGUAGCCGGGCAGGGGGAGGAGGAUCGGGCUGGUUUAUAUAACAACCAAUACAUACAACCACACUCACAAUCGAAAUUGCCCUCACACUCUCUCCAUUCCGAAUCACAAAUCAUUCCUCUGCUAACAAUCGCAAUCUACCAUGUUCGCCCAAUCACUCCGCACCGUCACCUCGCGACGAGCCGUCGUCCCUCUCCGGGCGUUCAGCUCCACCCGUUACGCCCUGGUGCAAGACCCCAAGAAGCCCAAUUCUGAGAGGCAUGCCGUUCACAAGACAGGAACGAUGGAAGGAGGUCUCGACAACCAAUCCGCUGGUGUUCAGUCCGCUAUGCAUCAAGCCGAUCACGGCAAGCCCAACCGUGAGCCUUUCGACACGGCUGCCGAGGACAAGGGAGGCCAGGCUGCCUUUUCCGAAGCCAAGGACGAGGCCAUCAAGGACGCUAGUUCUUCCACUCAAGAGGCUCAGGUUGGGAGCUUCAAGGACCACCGAGGCGGUACUCAGAACUCGGAUGUCAAGUCUAGCGGGGCGGUCGGAGGCAAGGAAGAGGCUGCCGCUCCUUCUUUCCUUGCCAGUGCGAAGAACGCACUCGGUCUUGGAACCAGCAAGAAGGAGCACGAGGACAACAAGACGGCCGGAGGCACCUCGUACCGAAGCUUGCACACUUCUGCUCGUCGCCUCGCCGACAAGGGAGAUGCUACCGAUGCUGCCCUAAAGGAUGGGCAGGGUGCGAGGACUCCUGUGGAUGGAGGCGUUGUGGGCGACCAGAACUCUCACUUGAAGCACAAGAGUCCCGAGCAGGUUGACGGUGGAAAGGGAAACGCCGGCGCGACUCCCCACCUUCCUUCGAAAUCGUCUGCCGCCCGCGCCUCGACUGACCAGCACUCUGACAACGAGUCGCAGCAAAAGGCCAGGUUCUCCACCUCGGCUCGACAGAUGGCUGCCAACCCUCCCGGCGGAUACGCAGACUCUACCGUCCCCGAGCCCGUUCAGGAUGGUUACCCCGCUCCAGGUCAGGCUUACCCUUCUGUCAAAUUGCACGAGAGGCCUCCCCCACCUAACCCUGAUAUGGCUCCUGCUUCGGAAUUGCCUCGCUCUUCCACCGGACAGGGUCCGGCUCAUCCCGUCUUGGCUAAGCAGGCCAAGGAGGGGUCCAUCCCUGCCAAGAACCCUCCACCAGAUGCAAAGGCCGGGCAACUCGGUCUGGGUGAAGCGUGGAAGGACCGAAGUGCGCAAGUGGACGACAAGUAGAUCGACCACAGUCGGUCGAUUGAUCAAGUGCAGACAAUAUGACGAUGUAUCAAAACUAAAAAUGACACCAAGUGUAACGUCGAAAUGAAACAAUUCUAAGUCAAGCAAGAU